UACGAUGACAGCGUGAUCUGUGCUGUGGAUGAGUUGCUUUCAAAACGGACAAAAGAUUCCUAGGGCAGAUGUGCUGUUGUGCCUACUGUCAGUACUGAUCGUGUUCCUGCGUCGGAUCGACCUGGUCUACACCCGCCCUCGCUCGCUCGGUCGAUGUUAUCAACCGUAGGAUAUAGUCCAGCGAACCGGAUCGUGACUGACUAUGGCUGCUGCAGAGCCGAGCGACAAUCUGUCCUCGAGUCCACCCUGCGCUGUAGCCAAAUGGUGGGGCUCCGGUAUGGCAGAUCAGCGGGAAUUGGCAGCGGCAGGCUUAUAUUUAGAGCGGAGAUCUGGCGUAGAGGACAUUGCAACGACUGCUAGCGAUACAGUGGUGAGUUUGUUGCGCUGUUCGUCUUGCUCGUUCCACGUUGAACUUGAGGCUGACGUGGAACUGCGAGCGGAAAAUGCAAUCCGAUGGCAUGCGCUGGUGUCGCCCGAGUGCCCUUCCGCAGUGAAACGAACAGCAGCCACGGCAAUGCUGGCCGGUGAUAACAGGGAGGUCACGACCUUCCAGGAUCUUCACACACCGCCAGACGGCUACUCGUCUGACUCGGAUGGCAGUUUCGACAUAGAGUUCCAGCAGGAAUUUCAGGAGUAUGAGAGCAUGCAGGUACGUCUGGGCACAUUCCAGGGCUUUCGCACUGACCAGGAUGGCAUCGAACCUGACGUGCUGGCGGCCGCCGGUUUCUACAGGAAACCUCGUUUUCACGACAUUGAUGCUCAUUCAGCUAGCGACGGUAGCCUGUUUGACGCUGCAAGCACUGGCGAGAUUGAGAACGAUUCGGAUGAUAUCCUGCAGUGCUGGAGCUGCAGCUUGCCUGUAGCCACGGACGAGAUGACUGGCUCGAGCAAGUGUCCAUUUCUGGUGCACAGACAGCGUGCCCCUCAGUGUCCCUUCCUGCGAACACUGGAGCAAGGCAGAGCGUUCGAGAUUGUCACACACAAUGGUGAAGUAGUGCGAGACGUUCACGAGAACAACAGGACAGGGAUGUUCAGCGAGCACUAUCGGCUGUCUUCGUUCACCGCCGCUGUGCGGGUGAGUGGCCUAGCCGCCAUGGCGACUGUUGCCUUGGCAGAACAUGGCUUCUACCACACGGGCUUUGGGUGCAUUGUGCGGUGUGCUUUCUGCAAGCUGACAAUGGACGGUGAGCAGGUUGAAGAGGCAGCGCUGCACAGGCAACACCGCUUUCGUUCACCUUUCUGCAAGCUUGUGCGCGGACAAUGUCCAGAGAAUGAGAUUGGCCAGAAAGCGGAGGAUGAUGUUGAACGCGACGAAGUGGCGGAAGAUGACAUGGCCACCGAGAAGGUACGAUUUGCAACAUUCCGGGACUGGCCCGAAGAUGUGCCAGUCUGUGUUGGAAAACUAGCUGCAACCGGAUUCUACUAUGCUGGCGAAGGUACCAAACUGACAUGCUUUUCCUGCCAGGCAGUCAUUCAGCACUACUCCACUGGCAGGUCAGUCAGUGAGGCACACAUGGUGCAGAUGCCUUCAUGUCCACAGCUAACCGGCAGUGACAUGAGUAACGUGCCACUGGAAGUGCCGGCCAUUGGGGCGCUAGAACGCCUACAAGACUUGCCAGCUCGCACUGCUACGUUCCACUCGUGGCACACUCGCGUUCCCAUCUCGGGCGAGGAGCUGGCGGAUGCUGGGUUUUUCAGCUUGGACGUCGGCGAUGUAGUUCUCUGUGCGUAUUGCCAACUGGAAGUGAGGCACUGGCGACCAGGGCAGACGGCGUGGGGUCGACACCGCCAGCAGUCUCCAGGCUGUGAGCACGUACGACGGAACUGCCCGGCAAACCCAGCUGUCUAUGCCGAAGAGUUCUACCGUCGUGUCAACAGGCACGUCAAGAGGACUGCCAGGCAGGUGUCUGACAUUGCACGGAAAGGCGGUCUGCCUCAGCGAUCAUACUCGCCUGUGAUGCCCUUUAUUCAACCUGUAGCGCAGGUGCCACCAACACCACCGACUCCGCAAAUAUCACCUCUGGGUAGAAUCGAUUCACAACCACCACCGCAGCAGCAGCAGCAUGCCCAAGGAGAGAACAACUGCAACUCUGACAUGCCCUGGUCUAGCACACACUCUUUUAAACCGCCACUAUCAUCUGGGACAGACAAGGCUACUCCACAAAUGCAGAUGUCACCAUCACCUGCCAGCACGGCAGCAGUAGGCCCACCUGAGUACAAGUCAACAUCUCAUACUGCUCCACAAACACAAGGUGACUAUCAGCAGUACACUGGCUUUCCCCGGCAACAGCAGCGACGAGCGCCUGCUCCACGUCCCAAGCCAGUCCAAGCGUGUGUGUCAUGCAAUGCUCCAAAGGUCUCGCAUUUUCUCAUGCCCUGCAGCCACUUGUCUUGUGCGCUUUGUGCUCAGUCGCUCGCUUUCUGCCCCACCUGUGGUGAGCAAGUGAGGUCCUUGGUUCGCUUGCUGAAGCUCUGAGGUGAACUGCUGGGGCAGAGUGCAUAUGUGGUGAACGAGAGAAGAUGGUGGUAACUGCAUUAGGCUGCUUGCAUCUUGGAAACGUUCUUGAGUAUCAAAGCAAAGCUGUGCUCAUCAGGUCCUUUCUGCCCGUGACGGACCUUGAGACAGAGAAUUCUUUUGACUUGUUACAGUCAUUAUUUUCUACAUGUACUCGUCUUCAAAGUAUGUAGCUUGAUGUCAAUGCAGACUAGAAUUACACUGCAUUGACAUGUCAUUACAUUAAUUUUACAACAAUCAUGUACAGCACAACUGUACGGAAAUAUCAAUGAUGGUUCAGUUCCA